AUGAAGGGCGCCUUUGUUGUUGGCGCCAUCGCCAUUGGCGCGGCCAAUGCUACGCAUUACCCCGACUGCGAGCAGAACAACUGCUAUCGCAACCUGAUCGAUGAACGCUUCAGCGCCGAAGCCACUGGCGCCUGCUUCAGCUGGCUCGCCGGCACCACUACAGCCAACGCGGCUAUCCCCACAGACUACGCCAACUGCCCCGACUACGUCGCUUUCAGCUCUGCCUGCUCUUGCGUCACUUACACGGCCACACACACUGCCGGCGGCGCUGCUCCUACUUCCCAGCCUGCCUACCCUACUCCUCCGGCUGCCGGCUCUUCAAGCAACGCCUACCCCGUUCCCCCGGCCAGCACACCCACGAACGCUUACCCCGUUCCUCCCGCCAGCUCUUCGAACGCUUACCCCGUUCCCCCGGCUCAGACUACUCCCGUUGUCUACCCUACUCCUCCUUCUCAGCCUACUGGUGGCAAGCCCGGCAAGCCUGGCAAGCCUGGCAACGGUGGCGAUGAGGACUGCGAUGAGACCAAGACUCACCCCGGCAAGCCUCAGUCUACUCCCAGCUACCCCGGCGGCCCUGGUAACCCCGGCCACCCUGGAAAGCCUCAGACCUCUCCUGUCGUCUACCCUACUCCUCCUUCUCACCCUGGCGGUCCUGGCGGUCCCGGCAAGCCUCACUCCAGCAGCGAGGACUGCGAUGAGACCAAGACUCACCCCGGCAAGCCUCACUCAACUCCCAGCUACCCCGGAAAUCCUGGCCACCCUGGCCACCCCGGUCACUCCGAGACUGCUCCCGGAUAUCCUGUUCCUCCUGCUUCAACCUCCGGUGGCCAGCUUCCCGUCACCACCGGCCCUGCUGCUUCCGAGACUGUGAUUGUUCCUACUGGCCCUGCCGGCACUGACACCGUUGUUGUUCCCACUGGCCCUGCCGGUACCGACACCGUUGUCGUUCCUACCGGACCUGCUGAGACCGAGACCUCUCCUGUCUACCCUACUCCUCCGGCUGAGACCUCUGGCGGUUCUUCUCCCGUCACCACCGGCCCUGCUGUCCCUACCGGCCCUGCCGGCACUGAGACUGCUCCUGCUGGUACCGAGACCGCCGUUGUCCCUACUGGCCCUGCCGGUACUGACACCGUUGUCGUUCCUACCGGACCUGCUGAGACCGAGACCUCUCCUGUCUACCCCACUCCUCCUGCUGAGACCUCUGGCGGCUCUUCUCCCGUUACCACUGGCCCUGCUGUCCCUACCGGCCCUGCCGGCACUGAGACUGCUCCUGCUGGCACCGAGACCACUGUUGUCCCUACUGGCCCUGCUGGUACCGAGACCGCUCCCGCUGGUACUGAGACCGCUCCUGCUGGCACCGAGACUGGUGUUGUUCCCACCGGCCCUGCUACUGAGACCAUCCCCGUCUACCCCACUCCUCCGGCUGAGACCUCCGGCGGCUCUUCUCCUGUGACCACCGGCCCUGCUGGCACCACCGAGACUGCUGUUGUCCCUACCGGUCCCGCUGGCACUGAGACUGCUCCUGCCGGUACCGAGACUGCUCCCGCCGGCACUGAGACCGCCCCUGCUGGUACCGAGACCGCUCCCGCUGGCACUGAGACUGGCGUUGUUCCCACUGGCCCUGCUACUGAGACCAUCCCCGUUUACCCUACUCCUCCCGCCGAGACCUCCGGUGGUCAGCUUCCCGUCACCACCGGCCCUGCUGGUACCGAGACUGGCGCUGUCCCUACUGGUACUGAGACUGCUCCCGCUGGCACCGAGACUGGUGUUGUUCCUACUGGCCCUGCCGGCACUGAGACCGCUCCCGCUGGUACUGAGACCGGUGUUGUCCCCACUGGCCCUGCCGAGACUGAGACUAUCCCCGUCUACCCUACUCCUCCGGCUGAGACUUCCGGCGGUUCUUCUCCUGUCACCACCGGCCCUGCUGGUCCUGACACCACCGCUCCUCCCCAGUACAGCACCUCUACCAUCUUCACCACCACGGUCCGCACCAUCACUCAGUGCCCUCCUGAGGUCACCAACUGCCCCACUCGUCCUAAGACUGUGACCGAUACCAUUGCCAUCUCCACCACCAUCUGCCCUAUCACUGCUGCCGAGGGAAAGACCUCUACCGCUCUUGUCUACCCUACCCCCCCUGCCAACUCUGGUUCCGGCUCUUCUCCUUCCGGCCCUGCUGGUGGUGCUCCUCCUGCUCAGAGCUCUGGAUCUGGUUCUUCUCCUUCCGGCCCUGCUGGUGGUGCUCCUCCCGCUGGCUCUGGUUACCCCACUGGUCCUGCUGGCGGUGCUCCUCCUGCUCAGACCUCUGGUGGCUCUUCUCCCGUCACCACUGGCGCUCCUCAGUACAGCACCUCCACCAUCUACACCACCACGGUCCGCACUAUUACUCAGUGCCCUCCUGAGGUCACCAACUGCCCGACUCGCCCCAAGACUGUGACUGACACCAUUGCCAUCUCCACCACCAUCUGCCCUGUCACCGCCACCGAGAAGACUCCCGGCCAGCCUGGUUACACUGCUCCUGGUGCCCCUGGUGCCCCCGGUAGCCCCGUCUACACUGCUCCUGGUGCCGAGCCUACCACCACCACCACCGCCACCUCCUACAUCACCCAGACCUUCACCGUCACCCGAUGCCCUCCUGGAACUCCCAACUGCCCCGUUGGCAGCGUCACCACCACGGUCUACCCCAACGGCCCCAACGGUCCUUCUGAGAUCCCCACUCUUGUUUCUCAGACCGUGCCCGCCUACACUCCUCCUGCGGUCACCCCUGUUGCUCCCAGCGCUCCCGUUGUUCCCGUUGCUCCCAGCGCUCCCGCCAGCGUUCCUCCGGUUGUCAUCGCUCCUCCUCCCGCGUCUUCUGCCGCUGCUGUCACCCCCGUGGUUCCUCCUUAUGCUCCUCCUCCCGUUGGAACUGCUCCCGUUGUUCCUCCUCCCGUUGGAACCGCCCCGGCCGGAUCCCCAGUCUACACUCCUCCGGCUAACCCCCCUGCUCCUGCCGGCACCAACCCUGCUGGUCCCCCAGCUGGUGGCAACCCCGGCUCAGGCAUUCCCCCCGUCAACAGUGCUGGCCGUGUUGGUGGCAGCCUUUUCGCUGCUAUCGCUGCCGCUGCAGUCUUCCUUUUGUAA